CACCUGGCUCUAGCAGGCACUCAACGAAUCCUUGCUGAAUGAAAUACAACCCAACAGCAGAAGCAGUCCAUGUGGUUGGGCUGCAUCUGGGCAGAGCAAGGACUCCACUCCCUGAAGUGAACAAGGGCGAAGACAUGGCUCAGCUUCCCAGGAUAUACUGGGGAAUCCCCACCGUGACCCAGGCCUGGGGACUGUGGGCCCUCCUAGGGGCUGCGAUGCUGCUGCUUCUCAUCUCAGUGGCUGCGCACUUGUUCCGAUGGGCUAGUGGCCGGAGCAAGAGCCGUCCGGGACAGGGACGCUCUGGAGAAUCUGUGGAAGAGGUCCCCCUAUAUGGGAACCUGCCUUAUCUUCAGACUGGUCGGCUGGCUCGAGAACCAGGGCCAGACCAGCAAGAUCCAACUCCUAGAGGCCCCGUCACGGCUGCAGAGAAAGUGAUGUGCUAUACCAGCCUGCAGUUGCGGCCUUCUCAGGGCCAUAUCCCCAGCCCCGGAACCCCCAUCAAGUACUCAGAGGUGGUGCUGGAUUCUGAACCAAAGCCCCAGGCCUCGGGCCCCGAGCCGGAGCUGUACGCCUCAGUGUGUGCCCAGACCCGCAGGACGCGGGCUUCCUUCCCAGACCAGGCCUACGCCAACAGCCAGCCUGCACCCAGCUGAGAUGGAAGGGCUGGCAGAGUGGGACAAGCAUCGCCCCAGCCUCCUCUGCUGCAGGGGUUACUGCUACCCUGCCCUGGCAUGACUGUUUCCCAACCACCCCCCAAAGACAGGUAGCCAAGGUCCAGUCGCAGGAGGUCAUGUUUCCCAAACUUCCCCUCUAAGCUGUGAGGGAGACAUCUCAGGGGAAUAAGUCGGUCCCCAGUUUCUUGGGGAUGGAGGAAACAAAGGCAGUGGCCCCCUCUCCAUCUCUCUCUCUCUCUUUCCGAUCUUUUCCUCUAAGGCCCCAAGCUCCCAAGUUUCUCACUUCCUCCUCCUUAUGGAUUUUAACCAGAUCCUCUCUGCUCCAGCUCCCUUAAAGUCUACCCCUUCAGUGUCCCCUCAGAUACAGGAAGUGGGCAGUGGUGGAGGGGGUAACAGCCUGAGAGGAGAAGGGUGGGCAUACUCCUUGGGAGCCCACAGUCUGGAGGGAUCCUGGAACCUAGUGACCUGAGGAACCCAAGCCUGGCUUCUUAUCUGAGAACCCUGGCUGGAGAAUACCAGUCCACAUCCUGCUCUGUUAUGUUCUCAAGUUUCAAAUAAAACUUCUCAGAAAGUGUUUAGAUUUUUA